AUGGUUCAGUGGACUUCGUCCCAUCCCUCCUUUCGGCUUUCCUCGUCAUUUUUUUGUGAAGAAUUGACCUUGACGAUGGCGGAGGCCGACGAAAUCAGCAACCUCACCUGCUCCGACAUUGAGGACCACCCCCAACAUCACACCAAGGGGCGCCCCAUGAAGCGUGACAGCAUAGACAGUCUGAGAGUCAGCCAUAAUGACGACGACAAGGAUGAGUAUGACGACCGCUCUGCCGACGAAGACACUCACUUUGACCCGGACGAAUCCGAUACUGUCGAAACCAUUGCCUUGUUUGGCGUGGACAGUCGAACCGGUCAUCAUUUUCUUCGUCUUGCAUUGGAUGCUGGCUAUCGGGUUCGGGCGUUGGUAGAACCCAACACAACAAUGGAUGGACAGUUUCAGGAUUUGUACAUUGUGGUUGGCACGCUGUCGGAACAUGCCAAAAUUCGUCAAGUUCUCCAUGGUUCCACUUAUGCGGUGUGCAUGGUGGGGGAAACAGCUUUGACCAAACUAUCUGGGGGAUAUCCCAAAAGGUACCUGUUGCAAUUUGUCAAGACACUGUACCGAAUCAUGGCAAAACAAGAGGAUCCAAGCAUCCAAGGCUUUCUCUUCCAGGCCACUUCCUUGGCGGCCAAUCAAUGGGGCGAAAUUCCAGCUAUGUCUACCUACAUUCGCAAAUAUUGGACUCGACAACAUACACUGCAAUACGUGGAAGAUUUGGAUGCUGUCAUUCGAUAUAUCCAUUCACAAAGUUGGGGCAAAAACAAGGCAAGCUUUCCUUACAUUAUCACGCGGCCCACCUCCUUCCUACGGGACGGACGAUCUACUAAAAAGCUACAGGCUUCCAAAUCACAACCUGGUCCAUUUCCAUACUGCAAUGUAGAUCUUGCUGAAUACACAUUGAAUGCUCUAACGACACCCAAGCUUUAUAAUACAUGUCGCUAUGUUGUGGGAGACGGUUGCUGA